UUCUCACCCUUUUCUUUUCCUGCAUUUCUUCGAAUCCCAGAUUUUGUUUCUCGUAAAAACUCAUACCCUUUUCUUGGUUUUCAUUUUUUCCAAUUUUGCCCUUCUCUCACCUGUGUAUUCUCUUCUCUUAGCCUUCUUUUCCCCUUCUUCUUCUUCUCGUGUUCGCCGAUUGGACUGGUUAUUGUUGUUCAUCGUCUAUGGAUAAAUCUGUAAUCUUUUUGUGUAUCGCUGCCUUGGCAACUUCGCUACGAUUAGUUUCUUCGUCUUCUGUUUUAUGCCCUCACGACUCCGAUUUCUUCCGGUACAGCCUUCAAUCUCAAUGCCCCAUCUGGAUCUCCCCCCAUCCACCCCUCAAGGUGGAUGGAAACUUCCUAGACAGAGCUUUGGCAUCGCAACAGAGGACUGAUUAUACAGCAGUGCUCUUUUAUGCUUCCUGGUGCCCAUUUUCACGCACAAUGUAUCCUACAUUUGAAAAGCUCAGCUUCAUGUUCCCUCAAGUAGAACAUUUGGCCAUUGAGCAAUCUUCAGCCCUGCCGAGUGUGUUCUCAAGAUAUGGAAUACAUAGUUUCCCUUCGAUUUUAAUAGUCAAUCAGACAUCAAGGGUGCGUUAUCAUGGUCCAAAAAGUCUCUCCUCGCUUGCACAGUUUUACCAGAAAACCACAGGACUUAAACCAGUUCAAUAUUUUGAUGACGAUCAAAUAGUCAGCUUAAAUAUUCGUGAAAAAUCUUUAAUCCAGUCAGUGAGUAACAUGUCACUCAGGGAGAUAUCAAGGAGGGAACCCUAUUUAGCUUUUGCCAUAUUGUUUCUCUGUUUGAGGGUGCUUCUGUAUAUAUUCCCAAAGGUAUUGACUCGCCUCCAUGCUUUCUGGGUCCUAUACGUUCCCCAUUUUAACUUGGGAGUAUUUGGGGAGACAAGUCAAAGUAUGGGGCGUAUCCUCCCCAUGGUUGACGUUAGGAGGAUUUGGACCAAGCUGAGAUUAUGCAAGAUGAGGAACUUCCACGAGGGAGCAAAGAAUGCCAGGGUUUGGGCUUCUUCCCUAACUUCUGUCUCCUUGGGCAAAUCUUCAUCUGCUCGAUCGUCGUCAUUGUCAUCUUAAAUGCAGUACUUAAAAUCUUGUACAAGACAAACUUGCGUAUAAAUCUCCAACUAACGUGUAUCAUCGAUCAUAAGCUGCUGUGAUGCUCUCGGGGCAGGUAGUCCUCUCUCUCUUUGUUUCCCUCUUAUUUUUACUGGUGGUGAUGAUAGCUGAAUUGAGUUGAGUGUUUUUAGUGAAAACAAACCAGCAUUGAAAAUUUGAGAAUAGCUUUCUUUUUGUAAAUUACUCGUCAUCUGACGGAACCUGUAUGGAGUUAUACCAGUGGAACGUGAGUAUAUUAUCUUUGUCUCGA